CACAUGCUUAUGUGGUCGGUGUGUCGCUCGAUCGUACUGUACUUCUCUUAUUAUUUUAUUCAAAUCAGAAGGUUUCCGUUCAGGCGUAGGUUAGUUUUUAUACCAGACGUUCAGUCGACUGGCGUGUCGCAACGAAUAACAUUGAGGGAUCUAGCAGCAAAAGAUAUUCAUGGUCAAGAUAUAGGAUUUCAUUGACAUUGCAUUAUGGGACUGUUUGGAAUAUUUUGCAGAAAUAUUUGUAAAUCAGUUAUCUUGCAACAAAUACCACAUCAUCAUUUCAGUACUACCCAACCAAGCAACGCACUUAUAUUAUUGAGCCGUGUACGAGUUGUUGACAACUCAGCACUCGGAGCUGCUUCUAGGCAUAAACCACCAAGAGUGAUACACGUUUACAACAAGCAGCAUGUUGCCAAAGUUGGAGAUAAAGUUUUACUAGCAAUCAAGGGACAAAAGAAAAAGGCUCUAGUUGUAGGCAUUAAGAUGCCCGGUUUAAGAAAUAUGCCCAAAUUUGACACCAACAAUGUGAUACUGCUGGAGGAGAGUGGAAAUCCCACGGGAAACAGAAUAACUGUACCUAUACCAUCGCAUCUACGCAAACGAAAAGAUUUGUCCAAAUUGUUUGCAAUUGCUAGUAGUUUUGUUUGAAUAAACUUGGGAGAAGCAUUGUUAAACCAUAAAA